UGUAAGGCCAUCACACCAACCAUACCUGCAUCAAACAUUCAUCGAUUAAACAUCGUAAUUUAUGAAAAUUUGAAGAAAAAAUAAAGAUGUUAUUGCAAUUACAGUCAAUAUUAUUGAUGACCAUUAUUUGCCAUUAUCAAACAAUGGCCAAUAUGUUCGAUAAGGAUGAAGAACCACAUGUUGUGCAUCAUCAUGUUGCUGUGCCCAUCAAAAUCAUUCAACGAGUCCCCUAUCAAGUUCCGCAGCCGAUUCUUGUCAAACAACAGCCGGAAGUUAAAACUGUUGAAGUGCCAGUUAAAGUACCGGUUGCUAUACCAGUCAAAAUUCCAGUGAAAGUUCCCUAUCCAGUAUAUGUGAAAGUACCAUAUCCUGUCAAAAUUCCAGUAUAUAAAAGUUAUGGUUAUGAAGAAUACGGUCAUGGCGGUGGCGGCUACGGUCAUGAAGAAUAUGGCCACGGUGGCGGAUAUUGACCAUAUUGUUGAAUUGAUCCGUUUGGAAAGACUACCUUGCAAAUGUAUUGGCAUCCAUCACCACAUCCAUCAGCGCAUUCAUCUCAUCAUUUGUUUCAUAUGAAUCACACACACACACACUAUAUCACAUUAAUAAUUAAUAAAAGCUUUCUAUUUAAUUAA